AUGCCCAGAGACCCUGCCAAACUGCACGAAGACGAUGCCUCCCAGCACUAUACCUUGUUCCCCCUAGGCCUUGGCCAAAUCUUGCGCGAAUACGGGGUUGCAGAGCUCCAUCUGUCUCUGAACGCGGGGAAGUGGAACUAUGAUAAGUGGGGGUACCCACUCGAACAAGAUGUAGGCACAGGCGCAGAACUAUGGGCCUGGAUGGGCGACGGAGCGGUCACCAGCGUUGAUGACCGGUGGAAGAGCCUCCGAAACGCGCUUGCAGGCCUGUUCUGCUCGUCACUCGGUCGGCUAGACGAAUUAAGGACCACCUCCCCUGCUGAAACCUUCAAACCGGAAGGAUCUCUUCCCCACACCGCGACACAUCAGCUUCGCCACGCCUCUUUGCCGUCGGAAAACGUCUGUACAGAGAACCUUACGCCUUUCCUUAAACUUUUGCCAUGUAAAGGUCUAUCUGGCAUUGCCAGUCUCUUGAAUCCCCACCGGCUGUUCGAUGCGAACUGGCACGGUCUCGGUGUACACGUAUUGUGGCACCAGGACGAAGGCGUUGAAGUUCGAUUAACUUUCCAAACUGUAUCGGAUCCAUUACGGUCACCUCUCGUCACCAAGCAAGAUUGGUCUCUCGAGAGUCUGUUCAACAGGAAGAUCGAGCGGGCUUGCCCCGUUGCCCGUUCCAGCGAAAUAUCAGUCGUAUUGCCUACCAAUGACGAAUACUCAAUUUACCCGGAGCCUUCCUCCAUUCGCGACUCUGUAGCUCUUUACGAAACACAAAGCGUCGAGAAGCCACUCAAUAUCGCCAUGGAAUGGGCCAUUAACUUUGAUCAUUUGGCUGCUGCUCGCAAUCAGAAGCCUCAAACUUCGCUAUCCGUCCAACGCACUCUCAAAGAAAGAAGCCAACUGAACGGCCAGUUGUCCGUGUCGUUGACCAACCAUGACGAAACUACGCUAGAAGUACUCUACCUGGAAACCAUGCCUUGGAUUGUCCAGUUUUACCUGCACACACUAGUUCCUCGCGUCAACGGGGUCGUCCAAAAUGAAGCCGUUUCGAACAUCUCCUACAUCCCGGCCAUCCCCCACUCGAGACCGACCACCUUCCAAGCCGUCCUCACCAUCCCGCCCAAGUCAACUCUCCUUCUCACGAUGGACGUCACCAAAGCUUUCCUCCGCUACACCGAGCACCCGCCGGACGCCCAACGCGGGUGGGAUCUACCGCCGGCUAUCAUCCUGCCCCUGAACGAUAACGAUAGCAACGAUAACCUUCACCAGGCACGAAUAUAUACACCGACCCUGCUCGUCGAUCUCGCGACACCCGACUUCAGCAUGCCCUACAACGUUAUCAUCUUCACCUGCUCCCUCAUGUCGUUCAUCUUUGGCAGCAUCUUCAACCUGUUGACCAGGAAAUUUGUAGUUGUCGCGUUGGACCCCCCGAAAUCGAAUUGA